CCUGCAGCUGCGGCUGGCGCCGCGGUGCUUCAUUAGAGCCCGGGACACGGGCCCCUCACAUAACUUCCCCGCCCGGAGCGCGCUCGCCUGCCCCCGCCCCCGGCCCUCUCCGCGCGGUGUCGGACAGGAGCGCGCUGCAGAAAAUGGAUCCCGGCCGGCGCGGCGGCGGCAGCCAGGCGACGGGCUCCCGGGCGGCUGGGCGGCCGCUCCCGAGGAUCCGCGCUGCGCCCGGGCGCACACGCGCGCGCUGACCGCGCCCGGCCCCGGGCCCAGCGGCCGCCCCUCUGCCCUCGCGCAGCUGUCAGGCACCGCGGGCCGGCGGAUAUUGGCUCCGCGACACGCUGAGGCUCCUCCCCGAGUCUGGAUCUUUAUAUUUUUUGGGAGAAUUUCUUUGAAGUCAGUUUCCAAGCUCCGCGAAGGAGACCGGUUCCCACCGCCGGUUCCCAGGCUGGGCGAGGCGAGGCGAGGGCUCGCCCACCGUCCCCGCGACUGCCGUGUGCCGGACUGUUUGCCUCUGGUCCCUCGUGGAGGAAAACGACUUACUGGGUUGAGGAAAAUGCCAAUUGUCUGGAUGUGCCCGUGAAAAGAGAACGUGUGACCGGAGGAGGCAGAAGACGAUGAGGAAAAGCAGUAUCUGAACAGAAGAAAAACCAACCCUUUGUAAAUUAGUGGUACGUCUGGGAUCCAUUUGCUUUUAUCCCCACUCGACCCAAAUUAAGAAACCUUGACUGGGUAGCUAAGAGGCAGGUCCCUACGACUGGGGGCCGUUCUAGGUUGGAAGACCUUUUGGAUGGAGCCUUGGUGGAACAUCUAGACACUCUCCUCUGGAAAAGCCACCAUGAAUUCGGUAGCUGGGAAUAAAGAGAGGCUUGCGGUCUCCACCAGGGGCAAGAAAUACGGGGUGAAUGAUGUCUGCUCGCCCACCAAGCCCGCGGCGCCCUUCUCCCCAGAGAGCUGGUACCGGAAGGCGUACGAGGAGUCGCGCACCGGGAGCCGGCCCACCCCCGAGGGCGCAGGCUCGGCGCUCGGCUCGUCCGGGACCCCGUCCCCCGGCUCAGGAACCUCGUCCCCGAGCUCCUUCACGGGCUCCCCAGGCCCCGCCUCCCCGGGCAUCGGCACCAGCUCGCCCGGCUCCCUGGGCGGCUCGCCGGGCUUCGGCACGGGCUCCCCGGGCUCGGGCAGUGGCGGCGGCUCCUCCCCCGGCUCGGACCGCGGCGUCUGGUGCGAGAACUGCAACGCCCGCCUGGGGGAGCUGAAGAGGCAGGCUCUGAAGCUGCUCCUUCCCGGGCCCUUCCCGGGCAAGGACCCUGCUUUCUCGGCUGUGAUUCACGACAAACUCCAGGUCCCCAACACCAUCCGGAAGGCUUGGAACGACAGGGACAACCGCUGUGACAUCUGUGCCACGCACCUGAACCAGCUGAAGCAGGAGGCCGUCCAGAUGGUGCUGACCUUGGAGCAGGCAGCUGGCAGCGAGCACUACGAUGGCUCACCUGGCUCACCCCCACUGCUCUCCAACAUCCCCACCCUGGUGGGGCCUCGGCACGUGGGUGGGCUCCAGCAGCCCAGGGACUGGGCCUUUGUGCCUGCACCCUGCUCCUCAUCCAGCUACACAGCCUUUGUCACCGCCAGGCACAGCAGCAAACCCAACAGCCUCGGGGUCAGCAGUGGGGCAGAGAAGAAGAGCGGGUCCCCGACCCACCAGGCCAAGGUCAGCCUCCAGAUGGCCACCAGUCCCAGCAAUGGGAACAUCCUUAACUCAGUGGCAAUCCAGACUCACCAGUAUUUGGAUGGCACCUGGUCCCUAUCGAGAACCAACGGGGUCACCCUGUACCCCUACCAGAUCUCCCAGCUGAUGACAGAGGCGGGCCGGGAGGGCCUGACAGAAGCAGCGCUGAACCGCUACAACGCGGACAAGCCUUCUGCCUGCAACGUCCCGGCCUCCCAGGGCUCCUGCCUGGCCAGUGAGACCGCCACAGGCACCUCGGUGGCUGCCUCCUUCUUCGCAAGAGCGGCCCAGAAGUUAAAUCUGUCUUCUAAAAAGAAGAAACAUCGACCUUCUACUUCUGUUGCUGAGCCACCUCUCUUUGCCACCAGCUUCAGUGGCAUUCUGCAGACCUCCCCACCCCCGGCCCCGCCCUGUCUGCUGAGGGCUGUCAACAAGGUGAAGGACACCCCGGGUCUGGGCAAGGUCAAAGUCAUGCUUCGCAUUUGUUCCACAUUGGCCCGCGAUACUGCAGAAUCCAGCUCUUUCUUAAAAGUGGACCCACGGAAGAAGCAAAUCACUUUGUAUGACCCCCUGACCUGUGGAGGUCAAAAUGCCUUCCAAAAGAGGGGCAACCAAGUUCCUCCUAAGAUGUUUGCCUUUGAUGCUGUUUUUCCACAAGAUGCUUCUCAGGCUGAAGUGUGUGCAGGAACGGUGGCGGAGGUGAUCCAGUCUGUGGUCAACGGGGCAGACGGCUGCGUGUUCUGUUUCGGCCACGCCAAGCUGGGGAAGUCCUACACCAUGAUCGGCAAGGAUGACUCCAUGCAGAGCCUCGGCAUCAUCCCCUGUACCAUCUCGUGGCUCUUCAAGCUGAUAAAUGAGCGCAAGGAGAAGACAGGGGCACGUUUCUCAGUGCGGAUUUCAGCUGUGGAGGUGUGGGGCAAAGAGGAGAACCUUCGGGACCUGCUAUCUGAGGUGGCCACGGGCAGCCUGCAGGAUGGCCAGUCCCCUGGCGUGUACCUGUGCGAGGACCCCAUCUGUGGCACGCAGCUGCAGAACCAGAGCGAGCUGCGGGCGCCCACCGCGGAGAAGGCCGCCUUCUUCCUGGACGCUGCCAUUGCCUCCCGCCGGGGCCACCAGCAGGACUGCGAUGAGGACGACCACCGCAACUCCCACAUGCUCUUCACCCUGCACAUCUACCAGUACAGGAUGGAGAAGAGCGGCAAGGGUGGAAUGUCUGGAGGCCGCAGCCGCCUGCACCUCAUUGAUCUCGGCAGCUGUGUGAAAGCUCUUAGCAAAAAUCGGGAAGGAGGCUCUGGGCUGUGCCUCUCACUGUCGGCUCUGGGCAAUGUCAUCCUGGCACUUGUCAACGGCAGCAAACACAUCCCAUACAAAGAGAGCAAGCUUACCAUGCUGCUGCGGGAGUCCCUGGGGAACGUGAACUGUCGCACCACCAUGAUUGCGCACAUCUCGGCUGCGGCUGGCAACUACGCGGAAACCCUGUCCACCAUUCAGAUUGCAUCCAGAGUCUUGAGGAUGAAGAAGAAGAAAACAAAGUACACCUCAAGCUCCUCAGGGGGAGAGAGUUCCUGUGAGGAAGGCAGAAUGCGCAGGCCCACCCAGCUGAGGCCCUUCCACUCCAAGGCUGCAGCAGACCCAGACUUCCCCAUCUCGCACCUGCCCAGCGACCCUGACUACUCUUCCAGCAGUGAGCAGUCCUGCGACACAGUCAUCUACAUCGGGCCUAAUGGCACAGCGCUCUCAGACAAGGAGCUCACUGACAAUGAGGGCCCCCCCGACUUUGUCCCCAUUGUGCCGGCCCUGCAGAAGGCCCAGGGUGACAGCCGGUCCACAGAGGCAGAAGAGGCUGCAGCCAGCAAAUCGGAAAGGGACUGCCUGAAGUGCAACACGUUUGCCGAGUUGCAGGAGAGGCUAGAGUGCAUCGACGGCAGCGAAGAGCCCAGCGAGUUUCCUUUUGAGGAGCUGCCUGUCCAGUUUGGGGCGGAGCAGGCAAGCAAGUGUCCCCCAUUAAGCCAGGCAGCCGGGGCAAACCUGCUCUGUGAAUCUGAUAAGGAAGAUCACGGGUCAGACAGUGCGUUGCCCGACAGGGAAGGCUCUGAGCCCCCCGCCUCUGGGAUGCAGAGGAAUCCUUCGCCUGUGCCUGGCACGGUCCUCACCUACAACUCUGGGCCCGCCUCACCCAGGAGCGUCCCUGGUGGCAGCAGCCAGCACGGCCCCUCCCAGCUAGUGCAGAGCCCCAGCCUCCGGAGCAGCCGGGAAAGCCUGAACUCCUGUGGCUUUGUGGAAGGCAAGCCCAGACCAAUGGGCUCCCCCCGGCUGGGCAUUGCCAGCCUGUCCAAGACCUCAGAGUAUAAGCCAGCCAACUCUCCUUCCCAGAGAUGCAAAGUCUACACCCAGAAGGGCGUCCUGCCAGCCCCUGCCCUCCUGCCUCCCCUGAGCAAGGACUCCGGUGUGGUGUCCAGUGAGUCCCUGCUGCAGCCUGAGGUCCGUACCCCCCCAGUUGGAAUGAGCCCCCAGGUUUUGAAAAAAUCCAUGUCUGCUGGGAGUGAAAGAUUCCCCGAAACCACUGCUGAUGAGGAGCAUCAGACAGCGACAUCUCCAGAUGCCAAGGAGAUACUGAGCACCACCAUGGUGACUGUGCAGCAGCCCCUGGAGCUGAAUGGUGAGGAUGAGCUGGUGUUCACACUGGUGGAGGAGCUCACCAUCAGCGGGGUCCUGGACAGUGGCCGCCCCACCAGCAUCAUCAGCUUCAACAGCGACUGCUCCGUGCAGGCUUUGGCCUCGGGCUCCCGGCCUGUCAGCAUCAUCGGCAGCAUCAGUGAGGACCUGGAGUGCUACUCACACAGGGCCCCUGUCUCCGAGGUCAGCAUCACGCAGUUCCUGCCCCUGCCGCAGCUGAGCCGGGACGAGAAGGCCCGGGAGGCCAGGAGCAGGCCCUCCUCCAUCAGCUCCUGGCUGAGUGAGGCAAGCAGUGCUGGUGAGCAGUCCUGCCACAGUUUGGUUGCCCAGACAUGUUUUGGGCACCGGGAAGCAAUGGCGGACCCUCCGGCCUCGGAGUUUGUCGGCAGUAUCCAGAAGACCGCUGUGGUGUGCCAAGAGAAGCCCAUGGCAGGCCCUGACAAUUUGUUCAUCUUGUCUGAAAUGGGGGAAGACUCUUUCAACUCAGCAACCCCCAUCAAAAGCUGCAAGAUAUCCACACUGGGCAAGGCCAUGGUCACCAUCUCCAAUACGGCAAGUCUGAGCAGCUGUGAAGGGUGUAUCCCCAUGAAAACCAACAUCACAGUUUACCCCUGCAUUGCCAUGGGCCCCCGGAACACCCAGGAGCCCGAGGUGUCUGUAGCUCAGUCCAGCUCAGCCCCCAAAACAGCCCAGUCCCAGGAAAGCAAGGAAGCCAGUGCAAAAAAAGACAUGAAAUUUGAGGACCCCUGGCUAAAACGAGAAGAGGAGGUGAAAAAAGAGAACGCUUAUCCCAGUGAAGACGGGAUCAGGUAUGAGACUACAACAGGCCCCUCAAAAUCUGAGGCCCAAGUGGAGCAGGACAGAAAGGCCAGCCCUGCUGACCAGCUGGGCAGUGGCAGUGGGGAGGUGCUUGCCUUCCCUGGGACUGACCUCAGGAGGGUCGUGGAUGGCUGCGAGGUGGCCCUGCCCAGCCUGGCUGCCCAGAGCCCUGUGCACCCCAACAAAACCCUGAAGUCGAGCAGCCUUCCCAGAGCUUUUCAGAAAGCCAGCAGACAGGAGGAGCCGGACUGCCCUUUCUACCACUGUGCCGUGGAGACCAAUGGGGCCGGCACCGUGGUGGGCCCCCAGCCCUGCAAGGCCACCCUGGAGAGGAAGGCAGUAUCACCCAAGCACUGUGUCCUGGCUCGGCCCAAAGGGACCCCCCCUUUACCCCCUGUCCGGAAGUCCAGCUUGGACCAGAAGAACCGGGCCAGCCCACAGCAUGGUGCUUGCAGCCCCUUGAACCAGCCGGUGCCCUUCUUGACCAGCCUCUCUGAUGAGCCGGGCAGCAAGGUGAAGGACGCCAGCAGCAGGCUCUUCAGCGCCAAACUGGAGCAGCUGGCCAGCAGGACCAACUCUCUCGGCAGGACCACGGUCAGCCACUACGAAUGCCUCUCGCUGGAGAGGGCCGAGAGCCUGUCCUCCAUGAGCUCGCGGCUGCAUGCCGCCAAGGACAGCACCAUGCCCCGCGCCGGUAGGAGUCCGGGCCGCAGCGCCGGGGCCUCGCCCACCGCCCCCGCGCCCUCCCAGGUGGCUGGGGCCUCGCCCAAGGCCGGCCAGUCCAAGAUCUCAGCCGUGAGUAAGCUGCUCCUGGCCAGCCCCAAGGCGCGCAGCCUGUCCGCCUCCUCCACCAAGACCCUCAGCUUCUCCACCAAGUCGCUGCCGCAGUCCGUGGGCCAGAGCCCCGGCGCGACGCCCGGCGGGAAGCACAUGACCUGGUCCACACAGUCGCUGAGCCGGAGCCGCGGCUCAGGCCCGGCCUGCAAGCUGCCGCUGCGGGCGGUGAACGGGCGCAUCUCCGAGCUGCUGCAGGGCGGCGCGGGCGCGCGGGGGCCGCCGCGGGCUGGCCCCGAGGCCGAGGAGCGCGCCGGCGGUCCCGAGGACAGGCCUGCCGCGCUACUGCCCUCGCCCUACAGCAAGGUCACGCCGCCGCGGAGGCCGCACCGCUGCAGCAGUGGCCACGGCAGCGACAACAGCAGCGUGCUGAGCGGGGAGCUCCCGCCCGCCAUGGGGAAGACGGCGCUCUUCUACCACAGCGGCGGCAGCAGCGGCUACGAGAGCAUGAUGCGCGACAGCGAGGCCACUGGCAGCGCGUCCUCCGCCCAGGACUCCAUGAGCGAGAACAGCGGUUCAGUGAGCGGCCGGUGCCGCAGCCUCAAAACCCCCAAGAAGCGCUCCAACGCAGGUUCUCAGCGAAGGAGGCUCAUUCCAGCACUGUCUCUCGAUACCCCAUCCCCGGUGAGAAAACCUGUUAACAGUGCUGGGGUUCGCUGGGUGGACGGCCCCUUGCGCAGCACCCAAAGGGGCCUUGGGGAACCUUUUGAGAUUAAAGUCUAUGAAAUUGAUGAUGUGGAACGGCUGCAGCGGCGAAGAGGGGGUGACAGCAAGGAGGUCAUGUGCUUCAAUGCAAAACUGAAAAUUCUGGAGCACCGCCAGCAGAGAAUCGCCGAGGUCCGAGCCAAGUACGAGUGGCUGAUGAAGGAGCUGGAGACCACCAAGCAGUAUCUGAUGCUGGAUCCCAACAAGUGGCUCAUUGACCUGGAGCAGGUCUUGGACCUGGAUUCCCUGGAGUAUCUGGAAGCACUCGAGUGCGUGACAGAGCGUCUGGAGAGCCGCGUCAACUUCUGCAAGGCCCACCUCAUGAUGGUCACCUGCUUUGACAUCACCUCCAGGCGCCGCUGAAGGAGCCACGCCUGCCAGGCUCCCUGCUCCUGGGACUCCCGGCCCUGCAGCAGCUGUCAAAGACAAUGGAAGGAAGAUGAAGGUCGGUGGCAAGUCUGGAGUGAGCGUCAAGGGAAGGCGAUUUUUCUUUUGUUUUCUGUAGGAAGGGUUUAAACAGCAAACAUGCUCAGAAGGAGAAAUGCUGGGAAGCCCACGGCCAACAGAGCACUUUGAGGACCUGUGAGCUCAUUUGUACAUAAGAACGCUGGCAGAGGCCUCACUCUUCUCCUGGUUUGUGGGAAGGGGUGAGGGUGACGGAGGAUGGCUGUUGAAAGCUGGAAAAAAUGACAGCAAAAGUGACCCAGAAUGACUGAUCAAGUGCCUUGCAAACCCUUAUAACCCAAACAUUCAUGUUCAUACUUCCUUGUGUACAGAUGGUGCUAGGCAAGAUGAAAACCACAAAACAGAAAAGAAAAACACGUUUUUGAAAUGUAUUUACAGCUCGUUUUCUCUUGGUGUCUUAUCCUAUUUCUGACUUGCUGUUUCUAAGUCUGUUGUGUUUGUAGACCUCUUUCCUAAUCAGUAUUGCAUAUGAAUAAAUGUUAACUGUC